AUGGUGUUCUGCAUGACCUCUGCGGACUCGCAGGACCUUUACGAGAACACUGGCCUGCUUGGCGAGUACUUCGCGCCCACAGCUCCCUCGGAGCUCUGUGAUUCUGCGAAUGGAUCCACUCAGGUGCUGACUACCAGGCUCCCGAACAUUGCGAGGCUGGAUUUCGACAGCCGAGAUCGUUUUGAGUUGGACAGAUGUGCAUGGGAGGAGGAGAUGGAGGAGGACCUCGUGUUCUCCUGCCGCGGUCAGGAGGAGCUCCGGAAGAACUUCGCUGCUCGCUACACGGGCUACGUGUAUGUCUACCGUCGAGGCUACUACACCUUCGAGAUCGAGGCUGAUGAUGGCUUCCGGAUGAUUCUGGGCCACGAUGCCUGUCCUGGGCAAGGUUGUGCCACAAGGUACGAUGUUCAAAACUGGGCCAUGCAGCAGAUGAGAAAGAACCGGGUCGAUGAUGGCUCGUAUGGCAACCAAUGUUCAGAGUGCUCCCAAGGAAUAUACUUGAACUGCUUUGUCACUGACUGGGGCUGCGAGCCCUUUAGCUUGUGGCAGUUGGAGGGCGAUGGUGGCCUAUCAGGCACCUGCAACACUGGGACCGUGACCCGAAGCAGCAAGCGAUGGCUAGAAGCUGGCCUGCACCCACUGCGUAUCGAGUACUUUCAACGCGGAGGAGAUGCCAAGCUGUUUUUCAGAUAUUCGGGACCAGACACGAACGACAACAUGAUCAUCGUGCCCAGGGAGAAGCUGGGCUUCCCAAGAUACAUUGGAUUCAUGAAGGAGGUGUUCGAUGUCACCGAGGACGACCCAAUCGUACUGCCACCUGCAGCCAACAUGGGUGCGGGCUACCCAAACGGAAGACUACUCUACCGCACGGAUGAUCAGUUCCAGAGGACUGGCCCUGGAGAAGGGGACUUCAGUGACGAGAUUGAGCUGCUGAACCGACCGAUCUACGUGCGCUGGCAGGGCUACUUUCUCAUCGUCAACGGUGGGGAAUACAUCUUUCGACUCCGUUCGGACGACAGCGGCCGCCUGAGCAUGGGUGGCCGGGGCCUUGGUGGAGAGUCCGUGGUGGUGGUGAACGACGGCCUGCAGGAAGGGGCCUCUGCGAGGGACACCCGGCUCUUCAUGCGGCCCGGCCUGCACCCGGUUCGGGUCGAGUUCUUCUGGAAGCCGGAUGCAAACCCCGUGGUCUCCGUGCCGCGGCCUCCAGGGAUCCAGGUGUUGUACUCCGGCUUUGAUACCGGGGGCUACUACUUCUCGAUGUCGCGGGACAAUGGCGGCCGCCUCACGCAGAACGAGUUCGACUGUGAGCUGAGGCGCUUCAGCUGGGGCAAUGGAAUGUCCGUGUCCCGUGACUGCCAGGGCCGGUGCUUCGCUGGCUCUGAGAACGUGGUCGGGGACCGCGUGUGCGACAACGGCGAGGCAGGGUCCUACAACCUGGCCUGUGAGAACUUCAAGUUCGACAACUACGAUUGUUCUCCAACCUACCCAGUUAAGUUGCAGACCACGCCGCGGCCCAGCAUCACCUGCCUGCAAUCGUGCCAAGCGGGGAACUUCAUGCGGAAGGACUGCUCUGGCUGCACUUCUACCCAUUCGGGUAGUGGAGAUGAGAUCUGUGUGGAGAGCUACGAUGACUAUUGCCCAUCUGGCGUCCAAGAGGAUUGCACCUUCAUCACGUGCUGUGUUGCCGAGGUCAAUGGCUUGAACUAUUGGGGCAAGGACUGCCUAGCCUUCGGCACAUCCACAAAUUGCUCCGGGAAGCUGCGGACCAUCUUGGACCGAAUCCAUCAGACGCCUUUGCUGCUGGAUGCGAGUUCCGUUUACGAUCCGUUGAUACCUAGGCCUCCACCCACUGGGCGUUUAACGUCAGAGUGCUACCAGAGCAACUGCAACCAGAUCACGGAGGCGUACAUCAUCAACCAGUUCACUGGCUUUCAGACCGACCAGCGCGUUUGCCCUGUUGAAGAGUCUCCAGAUCGUGGGUUCGAGUGCUUCAUUGGCCCGUUUGCAGCAGAUGGUGUCACAGAUGUGCUGUCGCAAUGUCAGAGUGGGCGAUUCCAGUGGAACUUCUGUUUGGACCGGAAGACGUUCGACGGCCGCCCGCACACGGCUUGUUGCAGCUUCCUGUACAUGAACGCUCGCGGAGGAAUUGAGUGUCGCAUGAUGGGCGUUGCCCAAGGGACAUGCAGCUCACUGUUGGAGGAGCUGACACGGAGUUUGGGCACCAGCACCUACACGAUGAUCACCAACGGUCAGGUUAUGAAGUCGUGUACCACCGACAACUGCAAUAAUCCAGACGAUGAAAUUGCAGGCUGUCCGUCCAUCAUCGACAGGGAGCCAGCCAUCACGGAGGGGCUUAGGCCAACCCGGGAGCCGACGAGGGAAGAGAUUGCCGAGGGCGCGGUGGAUCGGCCCCCCGAGCCACCUCCUUGGGGCCUCAUCGGAGGCUUGUCUUCCAUCCCCUUCGCUUUGGUCUGCAUCGCCAUGGCACUGAACAAGGCCGGUGUCUUCAAGGAGGCGAUCGAGCCACUCUUCCACACCACCAAGGCCACGGUCGUGGCGGAAGACACCUUCAUCGAGCCGCAGAAGGAUCUCAUGACGAGCGGAACCAAGGGUGUGGACCAGAACCUGACCUACGGUCGGGUCGAGCCUCGCCCUCUGGGGCUGAGGAACAUGCUGGACAACCACAAGGUACUGCCUCUGGCGCUGAAGCAGAAGGCUGAGACGGCUGUGCCGGAGGCAGCAAACGCUGCAUGGGUGGACGCCAUCGUAGCGGAGGCUCAGAUCCAACAAGUGACCCCGGACGAGAUCCAUCCGCUCCCUGAUGUACUGGAGGGCACCACCUACACCGGCGAAGGUGUCAUCUGUUUGCCCGAGGAGCUGGACAUGCCCUUCACGGAGAAGAGGGCCCUGGCCUUGCAGCCGGAGGAUGACUUCCCGCAUCCGAGCAAGAGCCAGAGCCAAGACGACAUGAGCAGCGGGAACCAUCACCAGGCCGUGAGCAUCGGGGGCUCCAGUCGCCUGAACACGUCGCGAACUGGCGCGGGCAGCAGCUAUGCUGUCAGCCGAACCCAUAGCAAAGGUAGGACGGGGUCGAAGCUCACGACGGCUCGGACCGUGACAUCGGGCUUCAACAGUAGCCACACUGACCUGGUGCACGUCACAGAGAGACCCCUCUCCGAAGGAGGCUCUGCUGACGACUCGGUGCUGCAGCAGGAUCAGCUGCCCGCGCCGCCCACCUUGGCGCCAGCAACGGAGAUCGGGCACGUGGAGGGCAGCGUGUCCGGACUUGUUCUGAGCCCCGUGUCUGUUGGGAACUUGCACCGCCCGGCAGCCGCGGCACGAAUGUUGCGGAACCAGUCUACGGGUGUGCCCCGCGUGGCCACCUGA